AUGGAACUAUUUAUCGCGAAGUUAUGCACAUUGAAAGAAUUGAUUACUGCAACGUAUGGAAAUUUGGAUCAAGGUUUUGACAUAAAAAAAUUAAAUAUAAAAAUUGAAGCAUUGCCACCAUUAUUGCCAAGAGGAGAUUAUAAAACCGUGUUUGAAUGGGAGUUUGAAAACAGAACAAAAUAUGCAAGCUUCGCUGUUAUAGUGACAUUAUAUUCGUCAAACACGGAUAGUUUUGGAAAAUGA